AUGUCGAAACCUAUCGCAGAUCACCACGAAUCGGUAGAUCCUGUUUCAACUGGUUCGCCUUCGCGACGCGAUACGUCUACAGGUGAUGUCCAGUCUCAGGGAUAUCCUUCGACCUCAGGUAGCGUCCUUGAUGCUCAUGCCUUUACAGAAGAGCAUCAUUUAGCCCGGUAUACCGAAGUGUUCGAGAAGGCUGCAACCAUCAUCCAUGGGGAGGUCGACUUGGACAGUGUUCCCGGCAUGACGACCUCGGAAGCACAGGCACUACAAGACGAGACCGAGAACAAAUGGAGACAACCGAAAAUGCUCUAUUUCACAAUCCUCGUUUGCUCUCUGGGAGCUGUCGAACAGGGCUGGGCCCAAACUGGGAUGAAUGGUGCGAAUCUGGGAAUGCCAAAGGCAUUCGGCAUCGAUUCGAACAGCAAGCACGAUGCCUUUCUAUUGGGACUAAUCAACAGUGGUAUCUACCUUAGUGUGUGCCUUCUAGGUGCUUGGCUGUCAGAUCCCAUCAACACUCGACUGGGACGACGCGGGGCGGUUGUGAUUGGCAGCAUUCUAUGCCUUAUUUCUAAUACAGGGUCAUCGCUCAGUCAGAACUGGCCGCAGCUUCUACUUUUCCGCUUUAUUCUGGGCACCGGUCUGGGCAUCAAUGCCAGUACUGUGUCGGUAUAUGCAGGGGAAUGCGCGCCAUCAACGAUCCGAGGAGGCCUAGCUGUCUCAUGGCAGCUGUGGACAGCUUUUGGAAUCUUUGUGGGGUUCGUUACGAAUGCUGCGGCGUAUGGAUUUGGAGACACAGCCUGGAGACUUCAGCUCGCCGGACCUGUCAUACCUACUAUUCCUCUGCUCCUCAUGGUAUAUAUGUGUCCCGAGUCGCCGCCGUGGUUUAUCAAGAACGGACAGAGAUACGAUCUUGCUUUUCACUCUCUUCGCCAGCUGCGCAACAGUGACCUGCAGGCUGCAAAGGAAAUAUAUUCCACCUACCUGCAAAGACGUGCUCGUUCAAUGCUAGGAGGAUGGGAACAAGCUACCAGGGUGAGGAAGAUUGCCGAACUCUUCACAAUUCGUCGCAUCCGACGGGCUACUACGGCGUCCUAUGUCGUGAUGCUGUCACAGCAGCUUUGUGGAAUCAACAUUAUUGCUUAUUAUUCGUCAACUAUCUUCACCGAGGCUGGGUUCUCCACAUCCGGAGCUUUGUUUGCCUCUUGCAUCUUCGGUUUUGUCAAUUUCAUCGGCGGAUUUCCCGCAGUGUUGACCAUGGACACGUUCGGCCGGCGUUCCUUGCUACUCUUAACCUUACCGCUGAUGGCUGUAACAAUGCUCGGAGCUGGACUAAGCUUUAAAAUCCCCACCGAGAGUGUUGCACAUUUCGGACUUGUUGCAACGCUCAUCUACCUCUUCUGUGCUCUAUACUCGCCCGGGAUGGGUCCCGUCCCAUUUACUUACUCAGCUGAAGUCUUCCCGCUGUCGCAUCGGGAGAUUGGUAUGAGCUUUGCAGUGGCAACCGCUUCUUUCUGGGCGUCUGUGCUCUCACUUACGUUUCCACAAAUCCUCUCAGCUCUGCAGCCGCAAGGUGCGUUUGCCUUGUAUGCUGGACUCAAUAUUGUGGCCGUCAUCCUGGUCUUUCUUCUCGUUCCCGAAACCAGACUCAAGACUCUGGACGAAUUGGAUGACGUGUUCUCGAUCCCUACUCGGGACUUCGUCAAAUAUCAGGUGACUGAAUACCUGCCGUGGCUCAUGAGGCGCUACAUACUACGCCAGGAAAACGCCCACUUGCCGCCUUUGGAUGUUGAGGAGGAAUACCAAGCCCUGGGCGAAAUUGACUAUGAGGGGGAAGAGGAAGAAGACAUGUCCUAG